GGUCAGUAGAUUGUGGAGGGCUGUUCACGGUGGGCUUAGUGGUCUUCACAGAGGCAGAAGCAGAAGGUGGGAGAGAGAAUGGAGAGGUGGUUUGGAUAAACCUCUUGGGAAAUGGAGGAGGGACCUGGGGAGUGAAAGUGGCUGUUGGAGGUCAAGGAAUAGGGGGGCUUGAUGGAGUGGCCAUUGAGACAUUCCCAGGUGAGGCUGUGGCAGUGCUUGAUGGAAUCUAGAAGAAAAUUUUGUUUGCAGUUAAGAACUAUACAAGUGUGAUUGUAAUAAAAGUCAAAUGUUGGAUGAAAAAUAAACACAUACUUUUAUCUAUUACAACAAUCAACAACAUAGUUUCCUUCCAAACAAUAAUAAUAUAAAGUAAAGGGUAUGUUAGGACUCGUACAAAGGCCACGAUCCAAAAAUGCAGAGGCAAAUGCUCAAAUUUAUUGACAAUAAACAACAAAACAAAGUGAACAACAGAAAAUCGCAGUUUCCGGGAAAAGGCACGGUUGGCUCGGACUGCUACUAAAAAACACAAAACCAGAGUUAGAAAAAGAGUCACCGCAGAAAGGCAAAUCGCUGGUGAAAAACAAAGUUCAAAUGAUGGUGUCAUGUGGGGCGAGUAACAACUCAGGAUGUAAAAGACAAAGUGCAACAGAAAUAGUAAACCAAAAAAUCUUCUCAACUAGAGGGAAAAAACGCAAACACAAAAUCACCUUUACUCAAGGGAAAAAUUCUCUGGAAAGUAACAAGAGAACUCACAACAAACACCGAUAGGCAGACUGGAUACAUGGGUGGGAGAGCAGGAAGCUCGGCACGUGCAAGACACGUGUUGCAUGACUGAGAAAUCAUCUGGCACUGAGGCGUCUUCUUCUUCUUCUUUUAGUUUGACGGCAGUUGGCACUCUUGUGUACGGUGCAUUACCGCCCUCUUCUGACAAUUCUUAUACAAAACCCUGUGCACCACCCAUCCCCCUCUCAUACACUCACACAUUCAUACUCCUACAGACUAAAUCCUAUCAAUCAACCCUGUCACCCUUAAAACUCGACUAACACUCUCACAUGUGCCCUGUCCCCCAUCUGUAAUACUCCCUUUAGUGUAAGGUCCUGCAUACCCAAUUCCCUCAACUUAUUUCUCAUCUCUUCCCUUUCUAUCUCAUAUCUCCUACAACCCAUUAGAACAUGCUCCACUGACUCCUCCACCUGACAUCCCUCACAUAACGUAGUCUGGUGUUUCCAUAUCAUUUUCAGUGUUUUGUUUAAUGCACAAUGACCUAACCUCAACCUUAUCAAUGCUGACCCUUCCUUUCUCUGUCCACUACCCAGCCUCAUAACUUUAACACUCUCUUGAAUCUUAUACAGGUGCCUUCCUUAUUUCUCACCCUCCCAUUUCUUCUGCCACAUUUGAAUAAGCUUUUCCCAUAUCAUACUCUUAACUUCCGCUUUACCUAACCUAACAUUCAGCUCCACUGAUUCCCUCCCUAAUGCCUCCUUAGCCAUCACGUCUGCCUUCUCAUUUCCUUCCACCCCUAUAUGUGCUGGAACCCUAAAAAAUCUGAUCUGACCCCCCUGCUGUACUAUUCUUGUCACUGACUGUAAUAUUUCAUAUAAUAAACCCUGACGGCUGCUUGAAUGGAACGAUCUAAUGCUAGCUAAUACUGACACUGAAUCCGUGCAUAUAACUACCCUCUGUACUCUAACUUUUUCCACCCAUUUCAGUGCAAUCAACACCCCCAACAUCUCCACUGUGUUUACCGCUAGACCAUCUGAUGUCCUUCGAUUGAUCUCAAUUCCUCUCGAUGGCACCACUACCCCUAAUCCUGUCACCCCCAUCUCAGGUUGUUUUGCCCCAUCUUUGUAUACCUGAACAAAGCCGCUGUAUUCUUCCCUCAGGCGUUGAUUAACUACGCUAAUCAAGCCAACCUGUCCUCCCUCUUUCCUUUUCUUUCCCAUUACACUCCAAUCCACUGUUGGCCAUACCAUUCUCCAUGGUGGCAUUGAUGGAUACACUACUGUUAGGCCUACCUCCACCCCCCACCCCCCCCACCCCAAGCUCUGCUGCUAUUCUAUUCCCCAUCCUACCAAAAUGCUCCCUCUUUCCUUUCCCAUCCUCCCAACACUCCUUUAUCACUCCUUUUGUGGGGUGGGUACCACUGCUGCCCUUCAAACUAAUCCAGUAGUUUGCAAUGAGAUGUUUGCGCCUCAGGCAUAGCAGCAUCUCACCCAACUCCACCUGUACUGCAGGCACUGGUGACGUCCGGAAGGCCCUACUGGCAAUGAGGCAACAGAGGAGCUGGCAUAUAAAGCCAGGUAACUGACACCAGCGCUGCAGAGGGAGAGAGAGAGAGAGAGAGAGAGAGAGAGAGAGAGAGAACACACAGAGAGCGAGGAACACAGGAAACCCCACUGCUGCAUAAACUCAAAAACCUCACAGGGUAACUUGAAAUAAGAUCCAGAGAAAUACAAACAACCCAUAUCAGUAACAGAUACUAAUUGAGAAGUUCUAAACAACUAUGAAAAUUUACGACAAGAUUUAUCAAUCAAAUUUUUUAUCAUACCUGAUGAGUUCUCCUGGCAAGACUAAGGUUAGGCUUGACUGCAGAACUCAGAGAGCCACCAAACCGGGAUUUUUCAAACUGAAGGAUUAAAUGUCAGUAAAAGAUUAAUCCUCUUUGCAUACUUAAAUGUAUUAGUGCAGUGGUCUCCAUAUGGCGGACCACGGUCCACUUCCGGACCGGGAAAGAGUCCAAUACGGACCCGAGCCUACCGCAGAAAAAUGUAUGUUUUUUUUCUCUCUUGCAGGCCUGCACGAUGUACGUGUGUGCGAUAGUCACAUCGCAGAGCCUGCGAUGUCGGAGGUGAAUGAACUCAGUUAAUUUCAAGGGUAGCUGACUGAGAUACACUGCAUGUGACUCUGCAUGUGCUGUACAGCGAUCCACCAAUCACCUUUGUCCUUUACUCAGUUGCCAAUCAGACUACCCUGCCAGCUGUCAAUCAAAAUCAGAGAGGAGGAAACCCACCCCUGCACAUGUUCUGCACAUGGAGGGACUCGCUGCAGGUGUUGAUUCGAGAAACGCGUGUCCGCUGAGAAUUACUUUCGGAACUUUACUGACUGUUAAGCCCAACAAAUAAGAACUGUAUGGGUUUUAAAAUGUAUAUUUCAGUGGGCCACUCUACUAUAAGCAGUGCGCGUUUUGCGAGGUGCAUGCAAUUCUCGGAGGACAUGCGUUUCUCAGCACAACACCGCUAACAACAACAACAACAACAACAACGAUUGCAAAAUGAGCAACGAACAAGAGAAAACCACCGAAAGUUAAGAUUUGUUGCCAAAAAGAAAAGGAAAGUCAGUUAUCUGGAAUUAUUUCGGUUAAAAGAAGGAUGAUGUCAACCAAAACACGUGUUCUGUGUUCAUCUGUCGCCACAAUAACGUCCCAGCACAAUAAAAGCUAAAAAUAUCUCUGAGACAGACAGAAGCCAUUCUAACAUUCACAAAAAGAGGUAAGAUCAGUGCAGGUUAACUGUUCUCAAGACUUCAGCAGUGCAGUAUAACAUUAAAUGCUAUUCAGGUCAUCUGGUGAAAAUUCCUAUAUUUUUAAUAUCGCAAUAUAUAUCGCAGGGUUGAAAAAAAUCGCAAUGUUAGUUUUUUCCAAUAUCGUGCAGCCUUACUCUCUUGCUUUGUGCCUGGUUCAGUAAAAUGCACGUGCAAUUUCAGCAAGGCAUUACAUCACUUGCUUACUCACUUGACUUGUCAAUCAAAUCAGACCUCUUAGCCUACUUAGCGAUCCCGAUGUUGAAAACUGUCAGGCGGCAGACUGAGGAGAAAGUUGUAGCAGCAGCUAAACAUGUCGGCUUAAAAACCACAAAAGGUAGAGAAUGAGAACAGGGUGUUUUAUGGCGAGUGGACCGAGUCAUUUGCAUUCAUUUUACGCGCAGGAAGUACACAGCCAAUUGAAAGUAGGCAGUUAUUGGCAAUACAAACGAAGUGAAUAUUUCAAAACAGUAAUGCACUGUAAAAAAAUAAAUAAAUAAAAAUCCCUGGACCCAGGCCUGCAGGCAUUUCAUUCAGGUGGACCCACUGAAAAUUUAUAUGAAGACCCCUGUAUUAGUGUUAUGACCAGGGGUCAUAUGUUUCCUGUUUUUUUUUUCCAUCAGCACAUUUUGUUUGUGGUUAACCCUCCCUACCUGUGGUAGGUGCUGUUCCUGUGUCUGUUUUGUUUUUCAGGAGAGGACUGUGGCCUGAUUGGACAGCAGCUGAAGAGGGAAGCUGUGAAAAGGGUGGCUACUGGAGGAGCUCCUUCUCUCAUUCCUUUGUCUCGACUCCCAGCCAGACCC